CUCUUCUUCACGUGCUCGAAAAUGGCGGACGCAGUCUCUUUCAAUAACGUUCCACCGCCUUCGGGAAAUCCGGUAGAUCCAACUUCAGCGUUUGCCGACGCAUUGAAAAGAGCUAAAGAGAUCGCCGCUCGGAUGGGAUCAAGUAGCGCCGCGGCUGCAGAGAGUUCGGCAGAGCAAGAAAUCGGCAAGAAAAGACCAUUCGAGUUUGACGGUGGUAAUGAAGAAAUCCCUAUGAAAAAACCAGCGAUGGAAGCUCCCAUGGAUGGAAAAGAUCCAAAAUCAAUAGCUAUGCAAGUGGCUGCAAGUUUAGCACAAAGAGCUGGUCUAGGGUCAUUAGUAGCAGAGGAAAUGAAAAUCCCAAACAGAUUUGUUGGAUUAAUCAUUGGACGUGGUGGAGAACAGAUUAAUAAAUUGCAGUCAGAAACUGGUGCCAAAAUACAAGUUGCUCCAGAUCCUCCUCCUGGUCAGAUACCACCUCCAGAUCGUCAUGUCUCCAUAAAUGGAACACGAGAAGCUGUAGAGAAGGCAAGGAAUUUGUUAAACAAAAUAUGUGAGGAUGGAAAGAUUCCAGAAUCUUUGAUGUCAUCACCAGUUGUUGCCCCAGGUGAACAAGUCAUUGAAAUGAUGAUACCUGCUAGUAAAGUGGGACUGAUUAUUGGGAAAGGAGGAGAGACCAUCAAGGCUUUACAGGAGAGAGCACAGUGUCGAAUGAUGAUGAUACAAGAUGGGCCAUAUUUAAAUGCACCAGAGAAACCUCUGAGAAUCAUGGGCGAUGCCAUGAGAACACAAAGAGGAAAGGAUCUUGUACAAGAUUUACUUACUGAGAAAGAGCUUGAGGUCAGUGGGCAAGGGACAAACAGGAAUUGGCAGCAAAACAUGCCUGGAUUGGACUAUAAAGGAAACAGACAUCAGAUGGACAGAAAUCAGCCUGGCAUGCAACAGAUAGAGGUUCCUGUUCCUCGAGAGAUUGUUGGUUUUGUUAUUGGAAAGAAUGGGGAAACCAUCAAAAGAAUACAAGCUGAAACCAGAGCAAAAGUGCAAUUCAAUAUGAAGGACAACUCUAAUGCUCCUGAACGAAUGGCAACUGUCCAAGGAACACCAGAGCAGGUGCAAAAAGUCCAGGCUAUGAUUCAAGACAUAGUAGAACAGUCUCGACAGCGAGGAGGUCCACCCCCUAGAGGUGCCCCAGCAAAUAUGCCUGGAGUUACCUCAGUUGAAUACCCAGUACCAGGAAAUAAAUGUGGCCUGAUCAUCGGAAAAGGAGGAGAAACUAUACGAGGGAUUAUAAACAUGACUGGUGCACAUGUAGAAUUAAACAGAACUAUUCCUGAAAGCUCUCCAACAAAGAGCUUUAUAAUCCGAGGUACGGAGCAGCAGAUACAACAUGCCCAACAAAUGAUUAGGGAGAAAAUAGAAAGUGAACGAGGUGGGGGAGGAAAUUACAAUCAAGGACAAAACUGGAACCAGCCUGGCUGGAACCAACAACAGCAGCAACCACAUCAGCAGCAACAGCAGGGCUGGUCACAGUAUGGUCAGUAUGGGCAACAACAGCAAUAUGGACAGCAACCUCAACAACAACCAGGGCAGCCAUAUGGCCAACAGCAACAGCAGUAUGGUCAGCAACCACCGCAACAACAAGGCCAACAGCAAGGCCAGCAACCUGGUCAGGCUCAAGGCCAGGCAGAUUAUUCUGCAGCAUGGGCAGCAUACUAUCAACAACUCUACCAACAACAGGCAGUAAUGGCAGCAGGACAAGCACCAGGUCAACCAGCAGGACAGGGGGGGCAGCCUGAUUACACACAAGCAUGGGCAGAGUUCUACAGACAGCAAGGUUACUACUACCCCUACCAACAAGCUGGACAGCCUCAGCAACCAGGAGUACCUGGACAACAGCCACAGCAGCAGCAACAACAACCACCACAGCAAGGACCCUCUGGGGGACAGCCAGGGGGACCUCCACCUGGACCCCCUGGGGGACAACAGGGCCAGUAGCAGGAACAUAAGUUGUAAAGGAAGAGAGGUAGAGGUGUCUUCAAGAAAGCUGUUUUUGCAAGGAAGAUCUCUUUUUUUACAAAGGAUUUUGGUGUUCUACUCUUAGCAUUGAUUUCCUAUUAGCCUAUCUUAUAGACAUUUUGAUUUUUAAUAUGAUUUGCAUUUGUAGUCAGCUAUCAAAUAUGCUCUGAGUUUGUAAACAUGUAUGAAUUUACAGGAUAGGACACGAAGUAAACCAAAUGGGCGUGGUAUUAAAGGAUACAUUUUAUUUCUUGUGUGCAUUUUGUUGUAAUUCUACUAUUGCUAUUUUUGACUUCACUGAAAUAAAUCUGCAGGUUUGGUGUUGGAUGAAGCUUUUACUUUCCUAGUUGUACAGACCUGUGAUUGAUUUAUAGGGUUAAGAAAAUAGUCAGGGAUAUCAAAUAUUAUUAUCAGUAGCAUUAUUUCUUAGUAAAGCUGUUACAUUUGAAGGUUUCCUCUAAUUUGAUUCUUGUCUUCAUUGCUUUAAAAGUCAUUGAAAUGUUAACUGAUACACUGUUGCCAGUGCGUGCUCGUUAGAGUUAGUCUUGUAUUCAAACUUGCAAUGUUUUGUUAAUUUUGUAUUGUUGAUGCAUUGAUAAUGAAAUUGAUCGAAUUGCA